AUGGCUAGCCCAAGAAAGUGCCCUCAAUGUGUAGUGCGGUGUGGGAUGUCAAUCCGUAAGGUCCCAAAAAUAUCGACAGUGAGACCAACACAUUUCAGUUGCAGAUUAGACUUCCUUAUGAUUUUGAUGGGAACUACGUGUUUCCGAACUACUAAUGUUGUUCUCAAACCUCAAAAGCUAACUGGGAAUUUCUCUAUCCUCUAUGACAACGUUCGGUGUCUGAGGUUCCUCACUCCCGACCCCUACCUCCGAUCCUCUCAUUCAAACUUGGGAAAUAGAGUAAAGUUGACAUCUUUUUCGAUGUACAAGACAACCCAUUUGAAGGUUUCGCAAGAUGCAUUCUCUCCCACGGAACAAUCACUCUCUUCCUCUCCUCCGGUAGUUGGAGAACAUGACUUACUCGUUGUGGGUCCCGGGGUUCUUGGUCGUUUGGUUGCCCAAAAAUGGCAUCAGGAAAUUCCGGAUUGUCAAGUUUAUGGUCAGACAGUGACUACUCAUCAUCACAACGAGUUGAUUCAGAUGGGUAUUAACCCGUCUUUGAAAUGGAUCGAAGCUACUCACAAAUUUCCAAAUGUUCUUUAUUGUGCACCACCUUCCCGCACACUGGACUAUGCUGGAAAUGUUAGGUUAGCUGGGUUAAGCUGGAAUGGGGAAGGUUCUUUCAUAUUUACGUCAAGCAGUGCUCCAUAUGAUUGUAAUGAUAAUGGACCAUGUGAUGAGGAUUCUCCAGUUCUGCCAAUUGGGAGGAGCCCGAGGGUUGAUGUCCUUCUAAAAGCUGAAAAUGUGGUACUGGAGUCCGGUGGUUGUGUUCUAAGAUUAGGUGCACACAAUUAUUACUUGGAAAAGGGUACUGUUGAUAGUCGUCCUGAUCACAUCCUGAAUCUUAUACAUUAUGAGGAUGCAGCUUCCCUUGUAGUUGCAAUCUUGAAGAAAAAAUUUCGGGGACAGAUUUUCUUGGGUUGUGAUGAUCAUCCUUUGUCUAGGCAGCAAAUGAUGGACCUGGUCAAUGAAAGUGGGAAAUUCAGUAAAAGGUUUAAUAAAUUUACUGGUGAGUUAUUUGAUGGUGAAGCAUAUCUGGAACUGAUUCUAGCAUAG